GCCUCCGCCCACCUAUCCCGUGGGAAGUACGUUGUUGAGUACUAAACAAGAGCAAGUCGCGAGCGAGAGGGGGAGCAGGGGAAGAGUGGGGGAAAGAAAAUGCCGAAGAGAACAACGCACACGUACUCUAGCGAGGACGCAGCCCCAGAUGGACCUGACUCUGAUCUUUUCGUCUACUAUUGCAAGCACUGCGGUUCCCACGUCCUGAUUACAGAUACCCAAUUGCAGAAAAUGCCCAAGAGAAAGACUGACAAAGCAUAUGUGUUGGACAAGAAAAAGCAUCUUGCUAGGCUUAAUAUCAGUGAGGCGGGAAAAGUUCUCUUGAAGAGGGGAGAAGGGAAAUUGGAGAAGCAAUUCCGUAUGAACUGUAUAGGUUGUGGCCUGUUUGUUUGCUAUCGGGCUGAAGAAGAUCUAGAAGCUGCUUCUUUCAUUUAUGCUGUUGAUGGUGCCCUAAGUACGGUUGCUGCAGAAACCAACCCACAGGAUGCUCCUGUGCCACCUUGCAUAUCACAGUUAGAGGGAGGACUUGUUCAAGUGGCCAUAGAGGUGGAAGACCGUGCACAACGUUCAGCAAUCACAAGAGUAAAUGCAGAUGAUGUGCGAGUUACUGUAGCUGCACCUGCAGCUCGUGGUGAAGCUAACAAUGAACUCUUGGAAUUCAUGGGAAAGGUACUGGGUCUGAGACUGAGCCAGAUGACUCUUCAGAGAGGAUGGAAUAACAAAUCGAAGCUUCUUGUGGUUGAGGACUUGUCUGCCAGACAGGUGUAUGAGAAACUUCUAGAAGCUGUACAACCUUGAUGUAUUUUGGUUACAUCUUGGGUUCAAGUUCUGUAUUAACCAUGACAAAUCAUGUAUCCAUUGCUUCAUGAGUAUGUUCAAUCGUAUAAUUUCUUUUCUGGAUUUUGCUUGGACCCAUUGUCUAACUUCAUCCAAGUUUAUUCUUUUCAGACAGUAUUCUCUUUGAUUCGGCCAUGAUUAUGUAUUGAAAUGGUUUGAAUAAAUUUAAUGCCUAUCCAUGAAUGGAAAAAGCAGACUCAGUAUAAACUGGGAGGUAGUGAACCUA